AUGAGCCACCAAGAUUGGACUCCGGUUGUGAUUAACAAAACAGUCAAAAAAGGGACUGGAACUGCCUCUGAGCAGGAAAUCAAUCAAGCGCGUCGCCGAGGCGACCAAGUAGACACUGUCAAGAAAUUUAUGGGAGGACAAAACAAAGCUACAAAAUCUCCAGUACCAAAUGCAGCAAAGCUCGACGAAGACACUGGUGACUAUCACGUGGAUCGUGUUUCGUUUGAUUUUGCUAAAGCAUUGCAACAAGCACGACUAGAGAAGAAGAUGACGCAAGCUCAACUCGCUCAGCAAGUGAACGAGAAGGCCAGCGUUAUUAAUGACUAUGAAAGCGGAAAGGCAAUUCCUAAUGGUGCCUUGGUUUCCCGAUUAAACAAGAUUUUAGGUGCUCGUUUGCCAUCAGCGAAACAACCCAAGAAGAAAGUUGAAGAUGAGCCCUAG